CUGUAAACAUCACCGCUAGCGUUGUGUGUGAAUCGGCAAGAUCAACAAAACUCUGCAAAUUUGUUAAAAAAUAAUUCCUAAUAAAUGUUGUAGAAUAGUUUGAUUGGUUUAAUCGGUAGAAAGUGUUCGCGCCGCUUAUAUUAACAAUACAUUUUAGCUUGAAAACAGUAAUUCUAGCUAGGUAUUUGCCAACCGCAUCCAAACGUUUGAGGUUAGAAUCGCACCCGCGUAAGAAUGGAUUUCAGUGCGCUACUGCAGCAGGCACAGAAGCUGACCCACGAAACGCAGGUUUCCGAUGACCUGCCACGGGUGGAACGCACCCUACCUCAGGUGCUGCAAGCGACCCAGGAGCUGCACUCCAGAGUAUCGCAGACCGGAGCGCAGGACAUGCAAGCGCACAUCCUGCUGGGUCACAAAGGGAUCGAUUUGCCGAAGAUUUCACAAAAACUGGAAACGCUGAGUUCGCGGAAAACGUUCGAACCGUUGGAUCCAAUUUCUACGACUGAUAUUCAGAGUUUCCUCCGAAACGAAAAGGAGAAUGCCAUUUUAUCGGUAAUCGAGGAAGUGCAUAAAAAUUCCUACCAGGCGGCUCAAAACCAGAAAUGGGAACAUACGAUGAACGAUUGGAAACUGGAGAAGGUAAAGCUGAUGAAUGCUUUGAUUGGUCCGUCGCAAAAUUGGAUCGACAUUCGCAAGGGUCCCGAACAAACGAUCUUGAACGAAAGUACCUUCGGAGGACGUUCGUCGUUGAACAACCAGGAAAUGGCCUACGCCCGCGAGGUGUAUGAGUACAAUAAAUUGGUCAACGAGGGCGCCAUGCGGCCUUCGUUGGUGCAGCGGUUUGCUCAGGUGGCGGAAAGUUUUAACGACUCGAAAGUGAACGACAUCUGGGAGAUUAUGAAGUACAUGACGAAUGUGACGCCGAGUCCGCGGACGCAGGAUCCCCUGAGGGCACGUUGCACCCAAACGCAGUUUAUCGAGCAGGGCAAGCGAUAUUUGGAGAAUCGGUACAAGUUGUUCAUGCAGACGGUCAUUUCGGAGCACCUGCGAGAUGCCCAACGUGGCGGUAUUCCGAGCGUUCUGAAUUUGGUUGGAUCGUUCGUUGGGCUGAAGUUCGCCAAUCAGAACAAUUCCACAUUUAUCGGUUUGCAGGAUGGUCACGUAGAUGGAAAGCCCCUUUGGCCAAUGGUUUACUACUGCCUGCGGUGCGGAGAUAUAAAUUCUGCGUUGAAAUGCAUGCAGAUGGCUGGUCCCGGACAUGACGAUUUCAUUGCUAUUUUGGAGGAGAAAUGUAGGAAGCCAGGCCAGAAGGUAAACCCAAAGCUGGAGUUCCAGAUUCGGAUGCAAUAUAAGCGUCAGAUUAGGAAUGCGAUCGACCCUUAUAAACGGGCCGUUUAUUGCAUUAUCGGCUGUUGCGACAUUCAGGAGCAGCACCCGGAGGUAGCCAAGAGUUCCGAUGAUUUCUUAUGGAUUCAGUUGUCAUUGAUUCGGCCCGAAUCGGAUGACAAUUCGGAACAUUUGACCUACUCGGCCCUGCAGGCCAUGAUUUUGGAACAGUACGGCGAGAAGCACUUCAAUGCCACCGAUCAACCACAUUUGUACUAUCAGGUGUUGGCCUUGACCGGUCAGUUUGAGGCUGGCAUUGAGUUCCUGGCAAGGUUUGACAAGUAUCGUGCUCAUGCCGUUCAUAUCGCUCUGGCAAUGAGCGAGCUGCACAUGAUUGGUGGUCCUCGGAAUCUGCAAGAGCCGCUGUUGUCGGUUGAUAUAGAAGAUCCGCAACCCAUGCGUCGGUUGAACAUCGCCCGUUUGAUUAUGCUCUACGUGAAAAAGUUCGAAAUAACGGAUCCGGCUGAAGCUCUGCAGUAUUUCUUUUUCCUUCGUAGUUUACGCGACACUGAGGGUCGCAAUUUGUUCCUAGUGUGCGUCUCCGAUUUGGCUAUUGAAUGCCGAGACUUUGAUUUGCUGUUCGGCAAAAUGCAGCGCGACGGAAUUCGUUCCCGGGGACUGAUAGACCAAUUCGAAAGUAGCCAUAUUGAUGCAAAGAUGGCAUGUGAAAUGAUCGCUGAGGAGUUCGUUAAGAAGGGAAUGUUCGAGGAUGCCAUUAAACUGUUCGAUUUGGCCGGCAACCACGAGCAAGCUUUGCGUUACACAUCGAUUUUGCUAUCACAGGUAGUUCAUCAACCGAACAAAUCCGGGUCCCUACGGGAACGUUUGCAGCGCAUGGCAUUGGAGUUCACGGAACGGUACGCCGGGGCCGAGAAAAACUGUGAUCCGCAAACUUGGUCAACGUUUAGUCUGCUGAAGGAACUGGUCAUCUUUUUCGAUCACUACCAUAAUAAAAAUUAUCAGCCGGCGCUGGAGGUUUUAGAACAAAUUAAACUGGUUCCACUGAAGAUGGCCGAUUUGGAGGCAUGCGUUCACAAUUUCAAACGUCUUGGAGGCGAAGUUUGCAAGGUUAUUCCGGAUCUACUGUUGGCCACAAUGGACAUUGCUUACAACAAAUACAAGCUUCUCAAGGGGAAGGAUGAGUUGAACGAAUUGAAGCUAAAGCAACUAAACUACCUCCGCGAGCAGGCGAAGGCUCUGACCAACAUGGCAGCAACCGUUCCAUAUCGAAUGCCCGGUGACACCAACAAUCGACUCGUUCAAACGGAAAUCCUUAUGCAUUAGUGAAUAAGACAUGUGGUUAAUGUUCACAAAACCAA